AUGGUCAAGUAUGACAUUCCCACUCUGCUGGCCCUCAGCCACAACGGACGAAUAGACUUCAGCAAAUUUAGUGAGCAGGCGAUUGGACAUAACGUGCUUCGACAACGCAAGACCAGUACGAGUGUCUUGUCGGAGCAGCCAGUCAACCGGUCAAGGAAUGCCUCUACUUUGUCACGCCAGAGCGAACGGACUCAUUCAGUUCCAGAGCACUCUGUACUUCAUCCCUCUCGGCAGCCAAGUGACCCUCCACAAAGCAUCCGGGCACACGCCGAUGCCGGGUUUGCUCAGUUCCUGAAGAAGCAUACAUCCCCGAAGCAUCAGCGUGUCACGGCUGGGGGCCGAAUCGUUCCAAUGGAACCACAGUCUCCUACCCCCAAGGCGAAGCAGCCGGUGCGCAGCAUAAGUGCACGAGCCAGUGAUCAGAAAAUAUCCAAGUCUUCAUUGCGAGAUGUCAACAGAAACAAACGUGAAAAUAAACAAGUGCUGUUGCCAGAUAACAACGCAAGUGUCGACAUUUCUAUAGCUGCACCGCAGCCUGCUGAAAGUCACGAUGAUUUACGUACCAUACUGGCCCAGGGCGGUUCUGCAAUUGACAAUCACUUCUCAGGCUAUGGACAGGCGCCGAGUCUUUUGUCUACCGCAGCUACCACUGGUCUGUUCUCCCAAUCCAGUCUUCCAUGGGCGAUGGAUAACCUACCAAUGCCUCAAAUCGCCCUACCAUCCUCCGACGUUAUGCCAGGGGCCUCGGACUACCCUAUGUAUGCCUUUGGAGAUGGUCCAUUAUCGUGGACUCCAAAUAUGUACCCAACUCUUGGUACCCAAGGCCCCCUGAUUCCUUCCAUGCCAGCAGCCCAGCCAUAUCCGACUAUUACCUCGACCUCUGACUUUUCCGCGGAGAGUAAUACCAGUAGCGGCAGGGCGACCUCGUUUCUUGGCCAACUUCCACCUACAUACGACCCUCUUUGCCCAUCUCUGGGGAUUCAAUGGCAUCAGUAUGCAGGUGGACAAGUCCCAGCCCUCAGCCAACCAAUGAUGGUCAGCACUCCGCAAGCACCAACAUACCAAAAGUCCCUGGAAGAUGCUGCGAAGGAGCAUGAGUCUCUGACCAGCAAGCUAUCAGGUAUUGACAGAUAUAUGGCUGUGCACAGUUGGGAUCUCGACCCAAGCGCCAAGAAGAUUCUAGUUGAUCAGCGAAUGAGCCUGGUGAGAGAGUUGGAUGCGGUUAGAAUAUACAGAGAACAUCUCGAAUGGGUUUCUGGAAGAUUUAACACAACAAUCCCAAUCAAGCAGCAUGCCUCGAAUGUCGCCUCAAUGUAUUUCGCCAGCAGCCUCACAGGUAGUCCAUCUCUAAUGGGACCUUCGCUGUGCACACCCAGCUCCGCUUCUGCGCUUCCAGCUUUUUCGAUGCUGCCACUAGCAAAUGCGCUUUCGCAGUCAAUCUCCCUAAAUGAGACAGUUAACUCAUCAAUGCCACUACAUACUGUAGCGGACAUCCAUCCAUACAAUACGACGAUCUGCCCAACAGAUGUACAUCCAAACCAUAGUUCGAUUAAGGAUGCUGGCUUUUCGCAUGCCGCACGCGGAAUGGAGACACGACGGGUCGAACCCAAAAGGUCAGACAAGCAGGUCCAGGCAUAUGGUGAGGCCAGAUCGAGAACUACUGACGGGUCUGCUGGAUGGAAAACACCGACGAAGAUAACCGCUUUAGACGUUGAGAAGGUGCAUCAUCAAAUUGAGGAGGCCACUCGUCGAGGCGAACCCCUUGAUGGGCUCCUCAGGGAACUAUCAGUUGCUACUUCCAAUCUAAUUAAACAAAGGCGAGAUGAGCUUCAUGAGCCGCGCGGGCCGCUGCCCGCUGUGCCUGCCAGACAAAACCGCAAGAAUCGCGCGGAAAGUGAGGCGGGUGCCAUCAAGGAACUAUCAGACAGACAUGAAGCCCAUGCACCUCUGAUGCGACACUCAACCAAGGCCUGGAAGCCCGGGAAGGAGCUGCGAAGGCCUGGACUGCACAGCGCAACGGGCCCGUUUAUGAGUGCGACAGAGCUGGAAGAGGGUGAUGAUCGUCAAUCAAUAUCAUCGUAUGUGUCAACGACGGACUCAUGGGCUACCGUUCAUCAAGGAGAGCGCCGACGUGACAAAAAGCUACGAAGAAUCAAAGAAAGGAGGGCGAUUCAAGAGAUGGCCAAAAGGUACAGACCCCGUGGUCCAUUUGAGCAUCCCAUCGUAUCGGAUGAAGCCUUUUCACCAGGUCCUCAACGUUCUAGAGGGCAGAAUUUGGGCGCACCAGGAGGACCAUCGAUAUACAAGCCACGCAGCCCCCCAACGUUGGUUAACCCGACUGAACCGGCGAGGCAGACAAGCGUGGACGCGAUGAGACAGCAGUACCCCCAGCUUCUGACGCAGUACUUCAACAAGGACCGUGGUCUAGCCUUCCAGAAAACGGCUGCCUUGGCUGUCUCGCAGAAUGUUAAUGCGCAUGGGUUUCUGCCCCCUUUCGAAGGCGUAGGCAAUGCACCCAGUAAGAACAGGAGUGCACCGACGGACAUGACCGAAGGUGGAAUGUAUAUGUUCAGCGGAAGGACGUCAAACUCGAAGCAGCAUGCUGGACCCGGGCCAAGAGGGAAAGAGGCUCCUGGACCAGCCAAACAAGCUGGAAAGCCAUGA